CUACGAGGUCUGAUGACAUCAAACCAAAGAAGUUCACAGAAAACUAUUGAAUACAUCAAGGAGAAGAUCAGUGGGGAUCUGUCUGCAGAGAGAAGCAUCAACCUGUUCCACUGUCUGAAUGAACUGAACGAUCGGUCUCUGGUGGAGGAGGUCCAAGAGUCCCUGAGGUCUGGAUCUCUCUCCACAGAUAAACUGUCUCCUGCUCAGUGGUCGGCUCUGGUCUUCAUCUUACUGUCAUCAGGAGAUCUGGAGGUGUUUGACCUGAAGAAGUUCUCAGCUUCAGAGAAGGCUCUACGGAGGCUGCUGCCGGUGGUCAAAGCCUCCAAGAAAGUUCUACUGAGUGGCUGUAACCUCUCAGAGGACAUCUGUCCACUUCUGUCCUCAGUUCUCAGCUCUCAGUCCUCCAGUCUGACAGAACUGGACCUGAGCAACAACGACCUGCAGGAUUCUGGACUGGAGCAGCUGUGUCCUGGACUGGAGAGUCAACACUGUCACCUGGAGUGUCUCAGGUUGAGUGGCUGUAACCUCUCAAAGCACAUCUGUCCACUUCUGUCCUCAGUUCUCAGCUCUCAGUCCUCCAGUCUGACAGAACUGGACCUGAGCAACAACGACCUGCAGGAUUCUGGACUGGAGCAGCUGUGUCCUGGACUGGAGAGUCCACACUGUCACCUGGAGUCUCUCAGGCUGUCAGGCUGUCUGAUCUCAGAGGAAGGAAGUUCUUCUCUGGCCUCAGCUCUGACCUCCAACCCCUCCCACCUGAGAGAGCUGGACCUGAGCUACAACCAUCCAGGGGAGUCAGCAGGGAAGCUUCUGUCUGGACUGGAGGAUCCCCGCUGGAGACUGGACACUCUCAGGACUACAUCAGAUCUGGAAAAAUUCCAGAAUCACAUCUUCAUGCAGGGAAGGUUCUCCUACACUCCAGCAGUGAAUCAUCAGGGAAGGUUCUCCUACUCCAGCAGUGAAUCAUCAGGGAAGGUUCUCCUACACUCCAGCAGUGAAUCAUCAGGGAAGGUUCUCCUACACUCCAGCAGUGAAUCGUCAGGGAAGGUUCUCCUACUCCAGCAGUGAAUCAUCAGGGAAGGUUCUCCUACACUCCAGCAGUGAAUCAUCAGGGAAGGUUCUCCUACUCCAGCAGUGAAUCAUCAGGGAAGGUUCUCCUACUCCAGCAGUGAAUCAUCAGGGAAGGUUCUCCUACUCCAGCAGUGAAUCAUCAGGGAAGGUUCUCCUACUCCAGCAGUGAAUCAUCAGGGAAGGUUCUCCUACUCCAGCAGUGAAUCAUCAGGGAAGGUUCUCCUACUCCAGCAGUGAAUCAUCAGGGAAGGUUCUCCUACACUCCAGCAGUGAAUCAUCAGGGAAGGUUCUCCUACUCCAGCAGUGAAUCAUCAAGGAAGGUUCUCCUACUCCAGCAGUGAAUCAUCAAGGAAGGUUCUCCUACACUCCAGCAGUGAAUCACACGCGGACUCUCCCAGCACCAAACAAGGAUGGACACAAGAUGCUACUGCUACUAUAGUCAUUGUACUAUUUACAGUAACUUCUUACACUGUUUCAUAGUUCAGUUUUUAUUAUCAGUUCAUUAUUUUUAGUUUAUUUUUCUACUACACUUGUUUACUUUAUUCACAGUAAUUUAUC